CCAGCAAUUAUCUAGCAGAUUAUCAUAGUCUCGCUACAACAACAGAGCAUUGACUGCAGCGGCAUCGGUGCUGGCUAUCCCCUGAUAACUUGCACAGCUACCACUUCCCUGCGACGUGACGCGAUCGCGUUUGUCCACAAUGAGCGCCUCGCCAGCCGGUGGUCCUAAUGGCCAGACGCCGACACCUCCCCAAGGGAAAGGCCCUAUGGCUCGUCGCAGGCCAGUCAAGUCCAACCCCUUCCGUCCUGUAGGGAAAGCACAUGCUCGCCCAGCAGCUGUCCAUGCCCCAGGGACGCCGAUGCCUGCCGGCUCCAAAGGAAUACCACCUAAACCUACCGGCCCCAAAAUACAGGCAAAACCCGGUGCUCCAGCGCAACCCAACUUCGAAGCUGAUCGUCAGAGGAACGGUGGAUGGUCCUUUCCCAUGCGGGAGGGUAUGGGCGAGUUCGACUUAGUCCUGACCAAGAAGGGCAACAACGACGGCAUGCGCUCUCAUGUCAUGCGCCUAGUGCCCCCUCGAAAGACACAAGCUGGCAUUGAUCCUUCAGAUCAGAACGAGUUCACCCGUCCUGUCUUGCUACAUCGUCGUGAUCCCAGACAGCCCCCACCCGGCCGCUCGCAUAAGGAGCCUACGCCUGAAGCAGAAGAGUCGCCCGAACAGAUUGCGGAAAGGGAGAGGCUGGCGCAGGCCAAGGCCGAAAGAGACACCCAAAAGGCUAUUGACGAUGCCCAAAAGGCCCCAUCCAGUGGUCCCAUGAAAAAACAACCCAAGCAGAAGGACAAGCCGCAAGGAACCAAAGUCAAUCAUGGACCUCGGACAGCAGCGCAGAAGAAAGAAUCUGAGAUUAGAUACGAGGAAGCUCUACCAUGGCAUUUGGAGGACGCAGAUGGCGGGAAUGUAUGGGUCGGACAGUAUGAGCAGCCUCUCUCCGGCACAAAGGUCGCCAUCUUAUACAAAGACAACAAGUUCAUUGUGACGCCUUUGGAAAAAUGGUACAAAUUUUCUUCAAAGCGAUCAUCGGUGAACGCCAUGACGCUGGACGAGGUCGAGGCCAUUCUCAAAAAGAAGGCACCAGUCGCACGGUGGGCCAUGAGGGAUCAGCAGCGCGAAGCAGCUGAGAAGGAACUAGCUGCAUCUCGUGGUCAGGGUAUGGUCAAGCAGGAGAGUCGUACAUAUAAGCAGUCUUCGCGUGCAGAGAAGGCUGAUCAUGAUGACAUUGACAUGUCAGGUGACGAGUUCCAGGACGAUGAUGAGAACACAAACCUUGAAGCAGAUAAGGACGAAGACAGCAAGGAUGCGCAGGAGAAGGUCCGCAGAGAUCAACUUGGAGCGAAUCUCUUUGGACACGCAGACGAGAAAGUUGUCGAGAAGGAGGAGGCUCAACGCCGCCGCGAAGAGCUUGAGAGGAAACUGUUUGGCAAAAAUAUGAAGAAAGCCCUGAAGAAGCGGGACAAGCAGUUCCAAUACGACGACACUGACGACUCGGAGAGAGAGCGAGAUCCUUUUGCUUCUUCUAGCGAGGAAGAGUCCGAUUCGGAGUCUGACGAGGAAAAGGCCAAGAAGGAGAAGGAGGAAAAGGAAAAGGAGGCCAAGGAUAAGAUCACUGGCGAUUCUUCCAAGGGCAACAACACACCCCAGGGUAAGAAGGUGGAUGCUGCUAAGAAGGGCAAAUCGCUAAAGCGUUCUGGUUCGCCCAUGGUCUCUGACUCCAGUGGCAACGAAUCAACCCGCAAGAACAAGAAGAAGAAGCUCGGUCCAUCAGGCUCCUCUCUUGUUGGCAGCCGCAGCGGUACUCCGAUCCCUCGUCGGCCUGGUGCCGGAUCCGCUAGUGAUGCAGAGGCCACAGGAGGUGAGAUGUCGGAUGGCGUUGGUGGCAGAACCAAGAAGAAGAAGAUCGCCGGUAGCAAUCUCGCGACAGGUACUAACGCAAGAGGUACUCCUGUCGGCAGCAGGUCCGGUAGUCCCGCUCCUGCAUCUGGUGCUCGCUCGCCUAUGUCGCAACCCCUUACGGCUCAGGAAAUUGUCGAUGCUCUUCCGGAAGAUCCCGCAAAGGGCCUCAACAUCAGUCAGCUGCUGAAGUUGUUUAACACGAGAAUUGGCGAUGGAGAGGGCAAGACCACCAAGGCAGAGUUCAUUGCCCUAGUUAAGCAAAACGGCAGAUUUAAGAAAGACACCAAGACGCUUUCAAGGAAGAUCAAGGCUGCGUAGACAUGCCC